AUGAUGUCGCCCUCUAUGACCACCACCGUGGCCACUGCUAGCCGGCCAACCUAUCCUGUGGGCGUUCCCAUCAAGUUUUCAGCAGAUGGUGCUGUCCAACGAUACCCUGGAAACACAACCGUCUGCCACAUACCGGCUGGCUCACCUCUAUUGCCCGGCCUUCAUCGCGUCCACGAUACUCUGGGUUCUCAUCCAACACUCUCCCGGAUGAUUCGUCUUGUGCCUCAAGAAUCAUGGCACAUGACCGUUCUCGAUGGCGUUCGUGAAACGGAAUGCGAGCCUGGAAUGUGGCCGCAGGGGCUGGAAAAGGAGCCCCUUGAGACCUGUACCAAGGAGUUCUCGCGGAGCCUGAGACAACUCGGGCCAGAGCUGGAGAAGGAAGGCCUAGCUCCGCCGUACCGAAUGCGUGUUCGGGGCUUUGACCCUGCCGUCGUCGGAGUUGGGCUUGAGGUGGAGGGUGCUACAUUUGAGGAACAGCAACGAAUGAGGAAGCUCAGGGACAGGCUUGCAGAUACACUGGGCUUCCGAGCGCCGAAUCACUUGACGUACCAGUUUCAUGUCACCAUUGCUUACUGGCUGCGACACGUUGAUGGCGAAGACAGGACUGAGCUGAACAAAGUGUUUAAAGAGCUUCUCCCUGCCGUUAACAUGGAAUUCGAACUUGGAGCGGUGGAGUUUUGCACCUUUGAGAACAUGUGUGCGUACCCUAGACUGUUCUAUCUUGGUGAUGCGAGGGAAUAG